CGAAUGUGUAGUUGAGUUACAAUGGAGGUCGUCAAUGAAUUUUGCGAUUUGUUACAAUCACACGCGAACAGAGAUAAAGUGGUCGCGCUGACAAGUUAUACUCUAAAGCUAUGGGGCGCCACAUCCAGCAGCCAGACCGUGAUGACCGCGAGCGCUCGGCUCGCUGGCGCCAGGGCCACUCUCCGCUUGUUCGACGACGCAGCCGCGCUCAAGAUACUCUACAAUUACGGACUUGGAAAACACGAAGGUCCAGUUUGGGGAGCCCUCGGCGUUACAAACAGCGCUUUCACCCUGGCGUAUCUGCAGGCUGAGAAGUUGGUCUGGCUGUUAGAUACUGGCGUGCUGAAGCUGAGCGAUGACAUAGCGUUCAACGUGAGGACGGCUCACAAACUGUUCUGGUCGUUGUCUGCAUUCUUAGGACUUAUCAGAUCGAUCCGCACACUACACAUGGCGGCCGUAAACCUAAAAUCUAAUCGAACAAAAUGUGCUCCAGCGCGGUUUACACAGGCUGCCCUCACCAGCACCAAGUUCCUGCUAGACGUGGUGCACGCGGUGAGCUGGCUGCCCCCGGGGUGGUUGUGGGGUAGUGCCAUGAAGACCUCCCACGCUGCCAGCGUCGCUGCGGCCUCAGGAGUUUUAGCUCUUGUAAUGCAUUAUCACGGCAGAAGACUGCUUCCUCGAUAAUUUAAAACAUGAAAGUUAACUUUAGUCCUACAAUUGUGUUCCUGCUUUUCCCUGUGGAUGGUGGAUGGAUUCUGGUACUGUAGUGCCCUGACGUUAGAAAGAUGGCGGCCUAUCCCAUUCUCAGCACGUGAGGUUUUAUAACUAUUACAUGUAAUUUUAUUGAAUAAACCAUCAAAGUUAA